AUGACAUAUAAUAAUAUCAACACUCAACAACAGGUUUCCGGCUUCUGGGAACCUCAGGGUAAUAAUUAUGAUGACUUAUAUCCGGGAUUAGAAUUAAACCAAGAGAAUGUCACGUUAUUUAACAAUACGCAAUACCAAUCAGCAGGUCACCCACAACAACACCAACAACAACAACAAUAUGGAAGUUUAUUCAAAGAUACUGAUAACUCUCAGACUCAGUAUACAGUUUCACCUGAAUCAAAUAAUUUAAAGUAUGACUCGGAUCUGCUUAAUCAUAAUAGUGUUUUUGAUACUCAUCUCGCUCAUGAUGGGAACCCCCACAGCAGUGAUGAUUCAUCUCCACUUGGAAAAAAUCAAAUUCCAUCACCUGAAACUCUGUCUAGUACUGGAGGUAUUGAUGUAUCCAAUAGUAAAAAGCUGAAGUCCAAAAGACAGUUAUUGGAUGAACAAGAUGCUAUACUUAUUGCUCGAGACGAUUCAGAAUUAACUGAAGAAGAAUUACAAUUAAAGAGAAAGGCUCAAAAUAGAGCUGCUCAACGAGCAUUCAGAGAACGUAAAGAAACCAAAUUAAAGGAAUUGGAAGCCAAAUUAUUACAAAGUGAAGAAGAACGUCAACAAUUAAUGGAACAGUUGGAUCUUAUAAGAAAACAAAAUAUAUCGAUUCAAACUGAAAAUGAAGUAUUACGUUCUAAUAAAGGUAGUACAACUGAUUAUUCUAAAACUGAAACAAAUGGAAAUAAAUUUAGUUUCCCACAAACUCAAUCAGAUUUCAUAGAAGCUUUAGUAACAGAUAAACAUCAAAUUUAUCCUAAUAGUAUUAAUAAAGUUUAUAAUAAUCCAGAAGAAUCAAGUGAAAAGAUUUUAGCUAUUGGUGCAGUAUGGGAUUAUUUACAAAUUAAAGCUGAAGAAAAAGAUAUUGAUCUUCAUAAUCUUGAUAUUAAUACAAUUAUGAAUAAAUUAAGAGGUCAUGAAAAAUGUCAUGGAUUUGGACCUGCAUACUCUUUAGAAUUAGUUCAAAGAGUAUUUGAAGAAUCUUAUGGUGGUUAA